GCGAUACCCGUAGUUUCUAACGAGUCUCUCUACAAUAUUAGUUUGAUUCGUUACAAGAUAUUCACCGCGAAUUUUCAAAAUGAGGCUCAUUCGCGGCACAGUCCACCACGUCCUCCCUUACAAUUACUACGAGUGGACAAUCGAAAAUUUCACUUCCCAAGUAGAAAAAUACGAGAUCCAGUCUCCGAGCUUCCUGACGAGAUUUCCGCUAGUUCGUGUGUGGUGGAUGUGUCUGAAUCCUAGAGGCGAUAGCGAGGAAAAUACAAACUACCUGUCGCUUUUCCUGUACUGCCGCUGCAGUACGCUGAUGGGAAUCCCAGUGUCAGCUCGUUUCAGUACUCUGAGCAACGAAAACGAAGAAACGAGGAACUCCGUAAUCGUGGUGCGCGAGCCCAGCUAUAACCAGAAGUUUGGCAUUUCUCGGUUCAGCGAAACCAGCAGGAUAAUGGAUGAAGUACUGGCCAACAACGACAAGCUGGUCAUCAUCUGCGACAUCUUGUACGUAAAUAAGUGGGGAAGAAGCACAGGAAUGCACGACGACUUUGUGGAAUCGGAAUCAGAUACGGAUCUUGAAUCGGAUUUUGAAACCUGGAGCUGGACAGAAGAAUACUCGCCAAGUGCACUUUGGUGAUCGAGAUCAUCUCGUCGAGUGGAAGGGGCAUCACCGAGAAGUCCGCGAGUUUAUAAGCUCUUACCAGUCGACGUCCUGUACAAGAUCGGUGAUGUGCUGUGAUGGCUAUAAGUGACGGUGAUUGAGAUUCUCCAUACUUUUCUAACGUAAUAAAAGAAACAUAACAACGCAA